UGAUCAUUCACCAGAGAGGCCAACCCCACGUGCCAUUUGAUCGCAAGACGCUUACACACAAGUACACGCUGAGAAGGAGAGGAUAUAGUGAACAACGAGGCAGGGUUUUGUGUAUUAUUUUUAUUUUAGAAGAAAAACGGGUAACACUGUUAUGAUUUACAAAAUCCUAGACAAAGAAGAGAUCGGAGAGCUUAAAGAAGAGUUAUCUUGUGGAUUACCGGGCACGGCUAAGAUUUAUUAUGUGAUAAGGAAUGCUUUAGAUGACAACCUAAGUGGGUUCGAGGUGGUCGUAGACAAUUGGCCAAAAUGGAACUGUAUUUUGUUACGCCCAGAAUCAUCUGAUAAGGUCCUGAACUAUUUUAAGCAGACCCAUAUAUGUCACACGAAAAGUGUUUCCGCCUUGAAAUAUUUUCUUCAGCGACCCGGGCUUAUCGACUGGAGCCAGCCGAUAAACUUUACAGGAGUACCAAGUGAUGUGAUACCCGUACUAAGCGAAGUCUGCAGAAAACAUGGCGGACAAAUAACUUCCAAAGAAUCACGGCUCAUGUACGCAUGGAGCAGACCUACUCCCCCUGAUAUGCCAACAAUCCCGGAUGGAGUCACUUUAUCGGCGUUGAAACCGGAACACGCAAAGGUUUUAAAAAGCGACUGGGCAAAGCAGAGCAACGCCGAUGAAUUGGAAGGUUACUUCAGAAGUGUCAUCGAAAAGUUCGAGAGCAGCUGCCUGCUGGACAAGAACGGCAGGAUUCUGGCCUAUAUAUGUAUGCAGUACAACGGUUCUAUCGCUAUGAUUUAUGUUUUACCCGAGUUCAGAAAGGAAGGCUAUUUCGAUAUCCUCAUCAGCGACCUGACUCGAAAACUUUUAGCGAAGAGUGAUAUAGUGUACGGUUUUAUUCCAUCCAACGAUACCUCUCUCAUCAAUACCUCCCGGAAGCUGGGCUUUGAAUGGGUCCCACAGGGCAACAUGACCUGGACACGGUUCACGCCAAAUGUCCUCCGAAAACAGCAGCAGAGGGCGGCGUUCGAGUCCUCCCCAGUUGGCGACGUCUUUCCAGAAAAUCUCGACACUUUGUUAAAAAACCAGCUCGGUGUUCCUUUAGUCAAUAUAUGACGAGGGAAUUUCUUUUUUCUUCCCUAAAAUUGUUAUGAACCAAGACAGCAUAUCAGAUUUUUGUUUUGAGAAUAUUGUUAUGUUGAAUGUUAUGAAUUAUUUACUUAUUUAUUGUUUUUAUUUCUCUUUUUGAAAUGAACAAACUGUUUUUCAUGGAGACCCAAAUCAUUUGUUAUUUCAUUAAGUCUAACUGUAAGAAAAAUGGUUGCUAGAGAGAGAGAGAGAGAGAGAGAGAGAGACUGUCUGAGCAUGACAUUUUUAGAUGAAUUUAGACCGCUUAAAAUGGCAGACAUACAUGUAUCAUUGAAAGUGCAAAAUUUUAUAUGAACUCUAGAUAAUAAGCAUUCUGUACAAGACAACAAUAAGUAACCUGUCAUAUUAUUAAUUAUGUUUUGCAUUGGUUUUUGUUAUUGAGCAGUUAUCGUUCUUGGAAACUGUUACUAACCUAGUUGCUGCAUGUAGGUCUUCCUUUACAUUCUUUUUUUUAAAUGCAUUUUCUAUGUAUACACAAAAUAUUAUACAGAAACAGAGCUUCAAAUGUUGUCAUUUUUUCUCAUUUUUUAUUUCCGUUUUAGAAAUAAUAAUUUUUAUAUAAAAAAACCAAGAAACUAGAGCAUGUUGUCGGAUAUAUUCGUAUAUCAACCUGCAUUUUUCUGUCUACCUUUUACAAUAGCUUCUACGUAAUUCCAAUUUUCUAUAAUUUCGUGACUUGGAUUGUGGUUGCAUACGAAUGAAUUCAUGCAUGCGGACAUUAUUCAUAAAUGUUCAUUUCAUUUGUUAUACAUGAAAAUCACAGACUAUUUGAAGGAAAUAAAACAAUUUGUUGAUUGUU